AUGAUUGCCGAGAAAAAGUGGAAAAAGAAGACAGCUCAAGUGAGAACAGGAAGUCCAGUACGUUUGCAAAUUAGGAAUUGUCUUUUGUGGUGGGUUUUGAGUAGUCCUGAAAAGGUCCCUACUCCCACAAAAUACCUGACCCUCCCCGUAUGCUUGGAUGACGUGAUGCCUGAAAUUCUGGCAUUCCAUGCUUUUGACAAGGUCAUUCCCUGGAAGCAGCUUCCUUUAGGGAACCUGACCAUGGUCACUGAAUUCUUGUUGCUGGGUUUUUCUGACCUUAAGGAAAUUCAGUUUGUUCUCUUUGCUGUCAUUCUCUGCCUCUACCUGGUCAUCCUUGGUGGAAACAUCACCAUUAUCACCACAGUCCACCUCGAGCACAGCCUCCACACCCCUAUGUACUUCUUCUUGGGUGUCCUUUCUGUCUCUGAGACCUGCUACACCUUGGUCAUCCUACCCAAGAUGCUCCUCAACCUCCUAUCUGUGCUCAGGACAAUAUCAUUCGUCAGUUGUGCCACUCAAAUGUUCUUCUUUCUUGGCUUUGCAAUUACCAACUGCCUGUUGUUGGGUGUGAUGGGUUAUGACCGCUUCACUGCCAUCUGUUAUCCUCUGCGCUACCCAGUUCUUAUGAGCUGGUGGUUAUGCAAGUUGAUGGCGGCUACUUGUGGUGUGAGUGGCUUUCUGAUUUCAAUGGUAGGUACGUUUUUGGUCUUCAGUCUACCCUUCUGCAACUCCAACAGGGUCAAUCACUACUUCUGUGACAUUGCUCCUGUCAUUCAUCUUGCCUGUGGUGAACCCUACACCAAUGAGGUCAUCAUAUUCGUUGGUGGGGUUGUGAUACUCAUGGUCCCCUUGACUUUCAUCUGUAUCACCUAUGGCUUCAUUGUCAGAACUGUCCUGAGGAUCCCAUCAACGGAAGAGAAAAAGAAAGCCUUUUCUACCUGUGCCUCCCACCUCACAGUGGUUGUGGUCCACUAUGGAUGUGCAUCUUUUGUCUACUUGAGGCCCUCAUCCAGGUACACAUCUGGCAAGGAUAGGCUGGUGACAGUGACUUACACCAUCAUCACUCCCUUAUUGAAUCCUUUGGUUUACAGUCUCAGGAACAAGGAUGUCCAGAUGGCCAUUUGGAAGGUGAUAAACUGGGGAAGAUUUUCUCCUAAAAAAACAUAA